AUGGCCGGACGUUGGGAAGUGACAUACUUGAAGAUACACACAAGCGAUGCCGGCACUUCCCUCUUCGCCAAUGGCCAGAUGCAGGUAGCUGCAAACAUCCUCAUCAAAGCGGUCGAUCCAAACACCAACAAUUCAUACACCUUGACCGCCACCGAACUCUCGAAGAUCGAGCUUGUAGACUAUUACAACACGAGCGAGAAACUCACUGGCCCAUGGACCUACACCGCCACCGAGAAUGACUUCUCCCACACUAUGCCCGCAAGUAUGAGCGCUCCCUCAGACGUCGAGGACGCUCUCUCCGAACCCCUUAUGGAAGAUCAGCACAAAAGAUACUGGGUCUCCACGACCCGCGCUGAAGUCAAGAAUGUCGGGGCACGCAUUCAGCAACCCAACGGCACCGUUGUGACGACUCGUUCUUCACCCAACGAUUCAUACAUUGCCUUUCGCGGGAUCUCUGAAAUCCGGUAUUCCUUGUCCAAUACCGAAUGGAAGAGAGAGAAUACGGCUGAUGGCAGCGGCUGGGAUCAGGACAACUACUUCCUCACAAGCAAGGUGCAUCCGUUCAAGAAAGUUAAACGCUACGGCUACCACGAUGAUAGCUAUGUCGUGGUAGGCAUGCGGAAUUCUGUGGCAUACCAUCGACCAGGCCCUCAUCUUCACUUCAUGUUCGAUUUAGGACCCCGCGUGACUCAAACGGUUGGACUGACACAUUACACGGACGGUAGAGCUCACCCAUUUAAAUGGACCAAAGCCAUCACGAUCAGACAACACGCGAAUGCUCUAUGCCUUGUCCGCCUCAAGACAUCAGGUCCGAAAGAUAUCUGGAGUUUGGGCUGGUGGUACGCUCCCUGGGUCAAUAUCUUCGAUCUCUACGGUAACUCGGGCAAGUUUGAUUUCCAAGUCAAUGAAUACAACAUGAUUUCCGUUUCCAACCGUGGCACGUUCGCUGCAUCCGCGGAUACCGAUACCGAUGCUAUCACCUAUGAAAAGGAGGAAGAUACUCCAAAUUCAGAGGCCAGUGAGAUCGAAUCAUCAGCUCCCGCUCCAACAACUGAUUAG